AUGCUAAAUCUUGCAUUGCUUAUGGAAUCAAGUUGUUUUUAUGUUGCAUCAGGGACUGGUGGAGAAGAGGCUUCUCUGUUUGCAAUGGACAUCUUCAAAAUGUAUGAAAGAUACUCUCAGAAAAAAGGAUGGAGGUUUGAGGUGGUAGAUGUCACAGACUCAAAUAUGAAAGGAUUUAAGGAAGCAAGUGCUGCAAUAUCCGGGGCGGAUGUCUAUGGAAAACUGAAAUUCGAGAGUGGAGUGCAUAGAGUGCAGCGAGUUCCCAUUAAUGAAAAGUCUGGACGUGUUCAUACAAGUGCCGUGUCUGUUGCUAUCCUUCCCCAGGCAGAUGAGGUAGAUGUUCAACUGAGGAACGAGGACUUGAGAAUUGACACAUAUAGGUCUGGGGGAUCUGGUGGUCAGCAUGCAAAUUCUACUAAUAGUGCUGUUCGAAUCACCCAUAUACCAUCUGGCCUCACAGUUGCCAUACAAGAUGAACGCUCACAACAUAUGAACAAAGCUAAAGCGCUAAAUGUAUUGUGCGCGAGACUGUAUGAGAUGGAGAGAUGUAGAGUUCACAACAGUAGAUCUAAGCUAAGAUCAGAUCAGAUUGGUAGUGGAGAUAGAUCUGAACGUAUACGUACCUACAACUUUCCACAAGGGCGAGUGACGGAUCACAGGAUUGGCUUCACUCAUCAUUCCAUCAGCGAUAUGAUACAAGGAGAGAGUUUAGACUACUUCAUCGGCCUUCUUUUGCAGCAAGAAAUGGAUGCAAUUGCAGACUUUCAGCGCCAGUAGUGGUUGAUUUCCUUGUUACCAACUCUAUAUUUAUUUUACAACUUCAAGCAUAUU